AUGGCUGUGCUCGCUGCAUCACGCUCAAAUGUCCACUCUCCAAUACCAACUCCUUCAGAUGAUCUUGCGGACUCAGAAAUCGAAGCUGAUGAUCAAGCACCUGCGAAUGGAGGAGACUUUUUUGGUACUUACGAGGAAGAUGAAAUCCAAUGGCCCGGUGACAUGGAAUGGUAUGCUAACAGCAGUGAGAAUAGUGACAGCUCGGACUCCGAGGAUGAUGUCGUACCUGGCCUCGAUGAUGCCGAAUGGGAACCCCUCGUAACUGGAAGGGAUUUAGAGGACCAACUCGGAACUGCCGAAGAAGACAGCACAGAGAUGAAUAGCCACAAUCGUGAUUUGCAUGCAAUCACUAUUGUGCAAUACCCUGAUGCUCGAGCAGGGCACCCCAUUCCGCAAGCUGACAUAUGCAAUGCAAACGCUGCAUACGCUACUGUUAUCAAUGACACUGCAAAUCCAUAUGCCCCCUUCGCCUCUCGAGUGGAUUGGGAAAUUGCACGAUGGGCUAAAUUACGUGGCCCAACUUCAACCGCAUUUUCGGACUUGCUUGGUAUCAGUGAAGUCCAUGAAAAGCUUGGUCUUUCUUACAAGAACUCAAGGGAAUUAAAUAAGAUCAUCGACAAGCAGCUUCCUGGUCGCCCAAAGUUCAGGCGUGAACAAAUUGUCGUCGCAGGCGAGGCUUUCGACGUUUUUUAUAGGGACGUUAUCGAAUGUGUUAAGGCUCUGUAUGGUGACCCAGAUUUUGCCGAUUUUCUAAUCUUUGCACCGGAACGCCACUAUGCAGAUGAGGAACAAACUGUCCGAUUAUUCCAUGAUAUGCAUACUGGUAAAUGGUGGUGGGAUACUCAGAAAAAGCUUGAUCAGCGCAAACCGGGUGCUACCAUCAUUCCAAUUAUUAUUUCGAGUGACAAGACUCAAGUAACAAUGUUCCGAAAUAAAACGGCUUACCCAGUCUACCUUACUAUUGGCAACAUUCCAAAGGAAAUCCGCCGAAAGCCAUCUCGCCAUGCCCAUAUUCUUCUCGCUUAUCUUCCUACUACCCGUCUCGAGCACAUCACCAACCAGGCUUCACGACGCCGAACCAUUGCAAAUCUGUAUCAUGCCUGCAUGGGCCGUGUCUUAGCACCACUGGAGGAAGCUGGCUUAGAUGGUAUUGUCAUGAAGAGUGGCAAUGGUAUCCUGCGUCGCAGUCAUCCCUUAUUUGCUUGCUUCGUUGGUGACUAUCCUGAGCAAGUCUUGGUUACAGGAGUCAAAACCACGGAAUGUCCCAAAUGUGACAUACCACCAGCCGAACUCGGAAGCAAUGCCGCACCUUUCGAGAUGCGCAACCUUGACGCUGUCCUCAAUGCAUUGGCUGCGAUUGAUAACGGAGAUCUCGCAUUUGUACAUGCAUGCCGCGAAGCCGGAAUCAAGCCCAUUAUACAUCCGUUCUGGGAGCCCCUACCCUAUACCAACAUCUUCCAAGCCGUUACACCAGAUGGUCUUAUCAAGCAUCUCCUUGGUUGGCUGGCCGAGGCAUUCGGAGCAGCUGAGAUUGAUGGAAGAUGUCGAAGGCUCCCCCCAAAUCACCAUAUCCGUCUAUUUAUGAAAGGUAUCACUAGCCUCUCACAAAUCAGUGGUACGGAGCAUAGUCAGAUAUGCCGUUUUCUACUUGGGAUCAUCAUCGACAUCCGACUCCCCAACCGUCUUGCCCCAAGCCGUCUACUUGACUUCCUCUCCGAAACAUUGACUCUCCUCACAGAAGCUCUCGAUCUUUUUCACAACAACAAGCAGAUCUUCGUCGACCUUGGAAUACGAAACAAUUUUAAUCUUCCAAAGCUCCAUGCAGGCCGCCACUAUAUGUCGAUGAUCCAGACUUUUGGCACAACUGACAAUUACAAUACAGAAUAUACUGAGCGCCUCCACAUCGACUUGGCCAAAGAUGCAUAUCGUGCAACAAACCACAAAGAUGAGUUUGUUCAAAUGACUCAGUGGCUUGAACGCAAAGAGAAGAUCGCUCGACAUGAGAGACAUGUCAUGUGGCGCCUCCACGGCAAUCCCAUUCGACACCAACCUCGUCCAGCAAACCUGUCUUUCGACCGGGUUCAAACAUUAACGAAGCAUCCUAGCAUGAAAGCUGUGCCAAUUCAGAAGUUAAUCACGGAGUAUGGGGCCACGUACUUCCGUGAGGCGCUUGCAAGAUAUGUUGCACAGCUGCAUCAUCCACACGAAGCCACCACUCGUCGCCGCCUCGAGGACCUUGCUGCUGCUAUCCACCUUCCAUUCCGCACACUUCCUGUGUAUCAUAUAAUCAAAUGGCGAUCUGAUGGUGCACAGGGACAUGGUGACCCAUGUGUCACAGUGGACAGCGCGCAUGUCAAACCUCGCCGCUACCGUGUGGGUCAGAUUCGCGUAAUAUUCUCAAUCCCGCAGAGUGCUGUUACAAUGAUGUUCCCUACCGCAAUCCAGCCUCCCAAACAUCUCGCCUAUGUAGAGUGGUUCACUCGGUUUCCUCCUACAGCUGAUUCGAACCAUGGAAUGUUCAAAAUCAGCCGCUUCGUGCAAUCGGGUGAGAGAGUUGCGAGCAUCAUACCCGUCACAAACAUCCACCGAAGUGUCCAUCUCAUUCCAAAGUUCGGACCUGUCGCACCUCGUCAAUGGACCAGUAGCGAAGUCCUCGAGCAAUGUGACACUUUUUAUGUUAAUUCUUACAUUGAUAGGCAUACAUUUGUGACGGUUAGAUAGCACAUUGUAACUUCAUUAAAGAAUGUUGAAGUUUAGCGAGAAAUCAUCAACCUUAUCUAUAGCUUGU